AUUUUAAUAUCUCUCCGGCAAAUGAUUAUUCUUUCUUUCUUUUUUUUAUUGGUUAUAAUGAUUAUUCUUUAAUAGAGAUUACACACACUACACGAGAUCCGUUAGAAGACCUCCCCUUUUUAAUUGUUAGAUAACUGUUAGCAAAUUGCCAGAAAAUGGCGAAUCGACCAGCUUUCUUCUGCCUCUUGCCCUGUCUCAUUGUCUUGUUCUUGUGUCCAGUCUCAGCAGUCAUAGAUGAUACUCAAGACCAACAGGUGUAUGUCGUCUACAUGGGUGCACUUCCGUCUAGCGAGGCCUACACACCAAUGUCCGAUCACAUGAAUAUUCUUCAAGGAAUCACCGGAGAGAGUUCCAACGAAGGUCGUUUGGUAAGAAGUUACACGAGGAGUUUCAAUGGAUUCGCGGCCCGACUCACUCAGUCAGAACGAGAAAGAAUAGCCAACAUGGAAGGAGUUGUGUCAGUAUUCCCUAACAAGAAUCUACAGCUCCUUACGACGAACUCUUGGGACUUCAUGGGGUUAAAGGAAGGAAGUAAGACGAAUCGGAACCUGGCCGUGGAGAGUGAUACUAUCAUCGGAGUCAUCGACACUGGGAUCACGCCGGAAUCCGAAAGCUUUUCCGACAAAGGCUUUGGUCCUCCUCCAAAGAAAUGGAAAGGUCUUUGCUCCGGCGGCAAGAACUUCACCUGCAACAACAAGUUGAUUGGUGCAAGGGACUACACAGGCGAAGGAUCUAGGGACUCUACUGGCCAUGGCACACAUACAGCGUCCACGGUGGCUGGAAACGCUGUCGCGGAUACAAGCUUUUAUGGACUUGGCAGAGGAACCGUGAGAGGUGGUGUUCCGGCCUCAAGAAUUGUCAGUUACAACGUUUGCACUUUGUUAGGGUGUAGCUCCGAUGCGAUUUUGUCUGCGUUUGAUGAUGCGAUUGCGGACGGUGUUGACAUCAUCAACAUCUCCUUGGGAGGACCCGACUCUUUAGAAGAAGACCCGAUCGCUAUCGGGGCUUUUCACGCUACGGCCAAAGGGAUACUCACUGUCCAAGCAGCUGGUAACAGCGGUCCGGAAGCAGAAACGGUAGAGAGCGUAGCUCCAUGGAUCUUGACGGUUGCCGCCAGCAACACCAACCGUGCAUUUCUCACCAAAAUUGUUCUGGGUGACGGCAAAACACUUGUCGGAAGAUCAGUGAAUACGUUUCGUUUGAAUGGAACAAUGUAUCCUCUAGUAUACGGAAAAUCUGCUGUCAAUUCGUCUGCUUGCAGCGUGGAAUCGGCAGAGCGAUGUGAAGAAGGGUGUCUUCAAGAAUCCCUCGUAAAAGGAAAAGUGGUGGUGUGCAAUUCCACGGAUUCAUACGAAGGACAUGGAGCUGUUGGAGGAAUUUCUAUUAACCUAAUUGUACAAGACACCGCCCUCACAGCUCCGGUCAUCGCUUCCUUCUCGUCUCGCGGUCCAAACAGCAUCGCAACUGAUAUUCUCAAGCCGGAUAUAACCGCACCAGGAGUUGAGAUCCUUGCUUCAUUUUCACCUGAGGCUUCACCGUCCUCAAGUGUGUUUGACACAAGACGUGUCAAGUACUCUGUUCUCUCCGGAACUUCAAUGGCUUGUCCACACGUUACAGGCGUGGCCACGUAUAUCAAGACUUUUCAUCCUAAAUGGUCUCCUUCCAUGAUCAAAUCUGCCAUUAUGACAACCGCUUGGCCGAUGAAUGCUUCUAAAACUGGAUUUGCAUCAACCGAAUUUGCUUAUGGAGCUGGCCAUGUCGACCCGAUAUCUGCAACUAAUCCUGGACUCGUAUACGACUCGACUACAGCAGACUACAUUGACUUCCUCUGCGGUAUGAAUUACAAUGCAACUACCGUGAAACUCAUAUCCGGCGAAGCCGUCACGUGCGCUGGAAAGACCUUACCUAUGAACCUUAACUAUCCUUCAAUGUCGGCAAAAAUUUCGGGAUCUAAAAGCUUCUUCAACGUGAUUUUUCACAGAACCGUCACCAACGUGGGUACCCCAAACUCUACAUACAAAUCAAAAGUUGUCUUAAAUCAGGGAUCUAAUCUCAAGGCCAAGGUUUUGCCUAGCGUCUUGUAUUUUAAGAAAGUGAACGACAAGCAGACUUUCACGGUAACUGUUAGAGGCAGUCUCAACUCAAAACUGCUUUCGUCUGCAAAUCUAAUCUGGUCUGAUGGCAUUCAUAAUGUAUAUGUCGUCUACAUGGGAUCACUUCCGUCUAGUGGAGACUACUCACCAAUGUCUGUUCACGUGAAUAUUCUUCAAGAAGUAACUGGAAAGAAUUCGAUUGAGGAUCGAUUGGUGAGAAGUUAUAAGAGGAGUUUCAACGGGUUCGCCGCCAGACUCACCGGAGCAGAACGAGAAAGAGUAGCCAAAAUGGAGGGAGUUGUGUCCGUGUUCCCGAACAAGAAACUAAAACUCCAAACGACGACGUCUUGGGACUUCAUGGGGCUAAAGGAAGGAAAGAAGACGAAGAGGAACCCGGCCGUGGAGAGUGAUACCAUUAUUGGGGUCAUCGACGGUGGGAUCACACCGGAAUCCGAAAGCUUCUCCGACAAAAGCUUUGGUCCUCCUCCAAAGAAAUGGAAAGGUGUUUGUUCUGGAGGCAAAAACUUCUCUUGCAACAACAAGUUGAUUGGGGCAAGAGACUACACAGGAGAAGGUGCUAGGGAUUAUGCUGGCCACGGUACACACACAGCGUCCACGGCGGCUGGAAACGCAGUUGCGGACAUAAGCUUCUUUGGACUCGGCAAUGGAACGGUAAGAGGCGGCGUUCCAGCCUCUAGAAUCGCUGCUUACAAAGUCUGCCAAUUCGAAAUAUGUCAUGGGGUCAAUGUAAUGUCUGCGUUUGAUGACGCAAUCGCCGAUGGUGUGGAUCUCAUCACCAUCUCUCUCGGGUUUGAUACCCCACUGCUGUACAAACAUGACCCGAUCGCAAUUGGAGCUUUUCACGCUAUGGCUAAAGGGAUUCUCACCGUGAAUGGAGCCGGUAAUAGUGGUCCAAAACCGGGUACAAUCUCAUCCGUAGCGCCGUGGAUGUUAACCGUUGCAGCCAGCAUUACAAACCGUGGGUUUUUCACCAAAGUUGUUCUCGGAGACGGCAAGACACUUGUCGGAAAAUCAGUGAACACUUUCGAUCUGAAAGGAAAUGAAUAUCCUCUGGUGUAUGGAAAAUCAGCUGGUUUCUCUACUUGCGAUGAGGAACACGCCAAGGAAUGUAGGGAAGGGUGUCUAGAUCAAUCCCUCGUGAAGGGGAAAAUCGUAUUGUGUCGUCAACAGGAAUACUUUAAUGUAGACGAACUUCAAUCAAAUGGAGCUGUUGCAGUCAUUCUUAUGAGCCCUAAAAUUUACUAUGCCUGGGUCAGCCCUUUGCCCCUCUCUGCUCUUCUACAAGAUGACUUUGACUCUCUCGUCUCUUACAUUAACUCUACAAAUUCCCCGAAAGCGACUAUUCUAAAAACUGAAGCAGUCUUUAAUCAGACAGCUCCUAAAGUGGCUUCCUUCUCUUCUCGUGGUCCAAACACUAUAGCUGUUGAUCUUCUCAAGCCGGAUAUAACAGCACCAGGAGUGGAGAUUCUCGCUGCUUAUUCACCGGAGAUUUCACCAUCUGAAAGCAAGAGUGACAUCAGACGUGUGAAAUACUCUGUUAUCUCUGGAACUUCCAUGUCUGCUCCACAUGCUGCAGGCGCGGCCGCGUACGUUAAGAGUUUUCAUCCCGAAUGGUCUCCUUCCAUGAUCCAAUCUGCCAUCAUGACGACCGCUUGGCCAAUGAAUGCUGCUGAAACUGACGACGCAUCAACGGAGUUUUCUUACGGAGCUGGCCAUAUCGACCCAAUAGCCGCUUUACAUCCUGGACUUGUCUAUGAAUUUAACAAAGCGGACCACUUCAGUUUUCUCUGCGGCUUGAACUACACUGCGAAAUUCCUUAAAUACCUAUCUGGUGAAAUAAUUUCUUGCACUAAAGAAAACAAAACCGCACCAAGAAACCUCAACUAUCCAUCCAUGUCGGCUAAAUUGCCGGGAUCUAGUAGCUCCUUCACGGUGACUUUCGAAAGAACCGUAACUAAUGUCGGUACGCCCAACUCAACAUACAAAUCAAAUGUGGUCUCAAAUAACGGAUCUAAGCUCAGUGUCAAGGUCUCGCCUAGUGUGCUCUCUUUUAAGACGGUAUAUGAGAAGCAGUCUUUCACGGUGACUGUUUCAGGCAGCAAUCUCGACCCAAAGCUGCCUUCGUCUUCGAAUCUGAUUUGGUGUGAUGGCACCCAUAAUGUGAGGAGCCCCAUUGUUGUUUAUACUGAUGGUGCUUACUGAUAAGGGUCCUUUAGUUCACAUCUUUCCAUUUUGAACCAAUUUAUCAUCAUUCACCUUUCGGAAGAAUGAAGAAUUAUUGUUGUCUUUUCCAUGGAGCAUUUAUUUCCGAUUACUUCUCCACGUCGCCGCCAUAUUUAAAAACCAAAAAUCACUCCCAACAAUUAGA